UAUUAUAUGGAGAAACUAUUUAAAUUUUUUUUAAGUAUAUACAUAAGUAUAAUGUUGGGGGUUUUGAUUUAAAUGCCCAAAGUUAUUAUUUUGAUCAAUAUGGCCAUAAUGGAAAAUGUUAUACAAAACGCUAAUUUUGAAGCGCUCUCACACUGGAAUAAGUUGAACAUCUCUUUAUUUCCGAAUGUUGACGCUGUGACUUUGAAGUUGUAGAUAGCGUCUAUCUUGGAACCAGCAUCAACAACUCAAAAAAUGUCAGCAGCAGAAUCACUCUUGCCAAUAUAUGGCAAUUGAAAGUAAAGUCCUCUCUCGACGAACCGAAACCAAACUAUUUGGUUCAGAAGUGUGGAAGAUGUCGACAUCUCAUAGGACACUACUAAGAGUUUUCGAGACAAAGGUUUUGUGGAAGAUUUAUGUGGCAAACUUAAUAUCGAAUUGUUCGAAUAUAAUGAAUAGAUUAUUUUCAAAUUUGGUAUCUCAUUAACCGAUCUCUGUUGUAGGUCGUGAAAUUAGUUGCAUGCUCGAGAUAUUUAUAUUAAAAUCUAGGUAAUUAAAUCAAAUAAUAUAUGUAUGAUAUAAAUAAGCUCAAUAAAAAAGUAAUCACAAAAGUUAAGUAUUGUGAGGAAUUCCACAAACCUGGUGGGCGCUAUUGAAGCGAUGGGACCCCUAUUCGGAUAUAUAGAUCCAAAGUCCUUUAACGGGCGUCUUCUGAUUUCUCUGCAAUAUAGAAUCAGGUUCACAGGAGUUUACGACUCCAUCUCGCAAAAGCUUCCUUAAGGGGCUGUACCCAUAUUUAAUAGGUGGCCAAGUAAAAAUAAAAACCUAUUUCGCCAUGUGGUCUUUUUACCCAUUAUUCAAUGUUUGGGAUCAGUCGGAAUGUGCAUUGUCUAUUUCAACUGACUUCCAAUUAUCUUUGCCAUCUCUUUACACCCUAUGCUCGAGUAUUUCCUUUUAUGGUUUUGGUUGGUAAAACCUUUACAGGCUAAAUAGAAAAAAAAACACGUUUGAUUAAAAGCAAUGAAGAAUCUUUAAACUCUUAUCUCUGGUAUGGGAUCUAAUUCUAUCUUACCAAAAUAAAUGUAUGUGGAUAUGUGUAUGUUUGUUUAUAUUUUGCACGAAUUACGUCAUCAGAUGACUCCACUACUCCCAAAAUAUUGCCUAAUAUAAGAAGAAGCAUAUUUUAAAAAAAGAAAGAAGAAUAAUAAUAAUUGUAAAUAUGUCUAUUUUGCAACUAUAAAUCAUAUAUACAAAAGUUGCAAAAUAGCAUAACCAAAUACCAUGAUCGUGUAUAUACAAACACACAUUUAUGUAUAUAUAUAAACGAAUAAACGUUCUUGGUAUCGUAUUACCUAAAUAUUAAAUUGAUUACUUAAGUUAUGCCGGGUCGUUGACAGUAAUAAUGAAAUGUCGAAUCAGCACAACGGCCCUAAGCAAAUUACGCUAAGCAUAGUUUAAGAAUGAAAUAAUAAUUUAAUAAAGAACCUGACGGUAAACCGCACAGUACGGUGAAAGCUCUUUCAUUCAAAAUAAAACAUUUUCUGUGCCGUCGCAGAAAACGUAACUCACGCGACAUGGAGUUAUUUUUAAUUCAUUAUAUGUGCGUAUUAUGGUGGAAUGAUUUUAAUAAUUUUGGAUUUAUGUUUCGGUAUACCUGUAGAAAGUUGCUGUUUUAGGAAAAUAUUAACCAUAAGAAAAAUCAGCAAUCUCUUGCUAUGUUUAGAUGUGCCCCCAACGACUUGAAGUUUUGAAAAUUUAUGCCAAAUACUCAUACAUUCGCAAACAUUUUAUAAACGUUAUUUGAUGUUCUAAGCAAUGUUAUGUUAGAGUAAGAUAUAAAUAAAUGAAAGCAUAUGUGUAUAUCACUCUUUAACCAUAUUAUAAUAACAUAGCUACGUUCCGCACUUUAAUUUCACAUUCCUAAUUCCACACUACAAAACUUAGAAAUAUGUCUCAAGUUAAAACACGACAAAUGACAAGGUGUCCUGUCUUUGGUUUGCCGAAGAAGUUACCUGUUUCUCAUUUUCCUACGACCUGACCUGAUGAAAUGUUAUCUGUUCAUAAAAUAUGAUUUGAAGCCCGAUAAAACAACAAAGAAGCCAACAGUUCUUUAAAUAUCUGAAAGAUUAGCGGGUGUAGUUCUAAAAAUAUGGCAAACAUUUUCACUGCCAGCUGUAAGUGUAAAAAUAAUUGAUUCGUUCCUACCACGACAAAUACAGGAGCUUUAAACUUUAUGUUAGUUACCAAGAAAAGAUUAGAACAUUUUUUCAGAGUCCCAUAGAUUAUUUGAUACCUGCAACUGCAAGUGCAAAGGAAUUGUUUCUGUUUUAAAGGGUGCCGUGUUGACAAGGAGGAAGUAAGUUUCUUACUCGAGCAAAGAUCAACCAGAAAAAUGAUGAUAGGCGGUGUCGAUUUAGUUUAAACUGUGAAGAAUAAGAAAAAACAAGAUAGAAAAGAAAAAAGUUUAUCGCGUAACACGUAGGCAUACUAUUUUGCCAAACCGUGUUGUUCUUGUUCUUUCGCUAAUAAUUUUUCAAUUGAAAGCAGCAGCUCAUGUGAUAGUUUUUUCGCACAAUCUAGUCCUAACCAAAAAGACCCACAACAAGGCAAGUGAAAAUUAUCACCAACUCUGAAAAAAAAAACAUUAAAUUUACCGUCAUUAGCCCUUGCUUGUAAUCGUACUGAGGUCUCCGACAGAGCCGCUGCAAUUAUAGCUUCUUCUUUCUUAAAAGACAUUGGUAUUGUUUCGUGGAGCGACUCAAGUUGUGUUAUUGAUCGUUCAAAGUUGCCCCGUGAAAGAACUAAGGUCAGUUCAAUUUUACAAGAAGCGUUCUGCAAUAAAAUAUUUCGUGGUUUGUAUUUUAAUGGAAGGAAGGCUAAGACUUUGGUUCGUAUUGAUAAAGAAGGGAAAUUUUACAGAAAACGACAAAUAGAAGAUCAUUAUGUGUUUUUACCGGAACCAGGAAGCAACUAUUUUGGUCAUGUAAACUGUGAGUCGGAGACUGCUAAAAAUAUUAAAGACACCAUAUUAUUAUAUUUGAAAUAUAAGUCGUUAAAUGUGAGUGAAUUAGCUGUUGUUGGGUGCGGUGCAACUAUAGUGAAUGCAGGUUUCAAAGUGGUUUAUCUGUGAAUUGCAUUCAAAUGAGUUACCACUACGUCAUCUUUGAUUACAUUUAGACGGAAAAACUAUAGGACCAUAAUGCUUUUCAGGCGCCAUCGGAUCUCAAUUACAAACUUGUCAAAAAAUGCCUGAAGUAACUAGAGAAGAGCUUAGUACCGACCAAAAGUAUUUAUACGGCAUAGUGACCACUAUCAACACUGGAAUAUUUUCUUCUGAUUUAGCUAAUAUGGAAGCUGGAACCCUUCUAGAUGACUAACAACAGCUAAUCGAAUUCUAAGGUUGUAUAGUUGUAGUAUUAGUCAACUACGCUAUGAAAGUUUAUGGACUAGUGCGUUUUACAAUAAAAUUUAAUUCUUCAUGCAUUAACGGAGCCAUAAACAUAUGGCAAACCAUUAACCUAAGUCGUUAUUUGAGUUCCGAUAAGAAAGCUAUCGUUGGCAAAGUAAUCCAACGAAAUGGAUAAUUUGGCCACUCAGAAAUUCUUCUCAUUGCCAAGCUUGAUGAUGUCAGAGAGAUUAUAAAAGAUCUUGCAAUACGAAGAAUUGUAAAGGAAGAUCAGAGAAUACUCGAAGACUUCAAACGUUUAAAGUAGCUACAUUCAACUUCGUUGCCACAGAUUACACUGAGAUUAUUGAAGUUAUACUUCUUAUACGAGUUCGGAAAAGGUUGCGUUAAAUGCAAGUUGCGCAACCUUGCUCAAUAUGAAUAUAACGCAACCUUGUCUGCGAAGAUGUUCGAGUAGCAAGGGAAGCGGUAACAAUCGGCGAUCGUUUCUUUCGGCACAGCUCGGCUUUUCUACCAACAACACAAUGUUGCCAUGCUUAUGCUGUUGUUGAUUUUGUAGAACAAUGUUUCAAGUUUUGGUUGGUGACAUAUUCACAUGUGUGCGCAUAUGUUUGUUUGUAUGCUUGUGCAUUAUUGAAGUUAUACUUCUUUUUCUUUCGUUUGUCUUUCAUUUCUGCGAAUUCUCAACUAUUUUGUGUAACUUUUGGUUGAAAUACUCUGCGUUGGCCGUUGAAAAAUUAAGGCUAUACUUAACAGGAUCAUUUCUGUAGUUAGUCUUUAUUUACAUUUUUUGGAAAUCGACCCGCGAUGACGAGGUAUAUCGUUUUAUCUGACAUCGUGAGGUUUAUGAACUUCAUUUCUAGUUUUGUCUUGUGGCAUAUUAGAAAUGAUGUUUCUUCGUAAAUCGCUCAAUUACAACGGAUAAAACCACUUCUGAGUGGCGAUUUUAAUGAAUAAAUUCCAAGGUUUUUACACAAAAAUAAUGCAGUCAAUAAGUACAGUACGCUUUAUGUAUGCUUGCGCAUUAUUUUUCUUUCAUUUGUCUUUCAUUUCUGCAAAUUCUCAUGGUGACAUAUUCAUAUGUGUACGCAUAUGUCUGUAUGUUUGUAUGCUUGUGCAUUAUUUGUUUGGCAAUGUAUGCAAAUAUAAGUACAUAUAAGUAUGUAUGAAUGUAUGAACAUGCAAGUCAAUGCGCGCACAUGUAAUAAGUAUAUUGAUAAGUGAUGAAAAUAUGAUUUCAAUUUCUGAACACGCACAUGCGUAUACAUACGAGGUGUAACGUUGUCCUUUCAUGGGCCUCUUCAGUUUAGGGAACAAGAAAGUCACAGUCACAGGGGGCCAGAUCUGGGGAAUACGGUGGCUGCGGCAUCAUUACUGUGUUGUUUUUGGCCAAAAAGUCGCGCACAAGUAACGAUACAGGUUCUUUGAUCUAUUUUUUUGAAUAGGUAAAAAUCGAAGACGAUCCAAAACACGUGCAAGCAAAGCAGCUGUCAACAAUUAAAUGAACAUUCAAAAUGGCCGAGCUUGUCGCCAUAAGUGAGAGACAUGAGUACCAACAUAACGCCACAAAAAAUUCGGAAUUCGAAUAAACGUAACCCGCGAAAAUUCAAAAUUCGCUAUACUUUUUGAACACACUUCGUACACUCAUAUGAGCAUGUGCAGAUACACAAGAUAGGAUAGAAGACGUAUGCCUUUUAACAUCGCAUACUAUACAAAUAAAUAUUUUGCUUAUAUAGAAAAUACUAUUGAAUUUGGGCUGUGCAUCAGUGAAAUCAAUCGAGUCCAUUCGAUUGUCAGCCUAGUGGACUGCAUAUUAAGAAACGGUUCUCAAGCGUGAAAAGACAAAAAAAUCGGCUGGCAAGGUUAUGGCAUCAGUCUUUUGGGAUUCCCGUGGUAUAUUAUUCAUCGAAAUGAGCCAGUUUUAAUUCAUUGCAUUGUGUGUUUGAUUGCAGUUCUAUUCUACCAUUCCUAAUAUUUAGCAAUUUUAAUAUUUUUCAGGAAGGAUCAGUUUGAAAUUGUACGCAUAUAUGUAUUCAUCGUUCCCGCUUAAAUAUUGCAUUGCUCUGUGCAAUGUUUCGAAAAGAUUUCUGUAUAUCUCAAAUUUUAAUAGACCUUUUUAUCAACACUUCAGUUAUGCAACCAUUUUUUAUGCCAGACCUUUUGCAAUUGUAAAUUGCCUGUCAAGAUACCCCCUCCAAUAGUUAGCAGGUAUGAAGAAAAUGUUAUAGCUACCCAUAGAUGUAUUGAAUGACCCAGUUUAUUACUUAAGAACGAACAAGUCCACAAUAUGAAAACUUGAUCUACAGAUGUCGCCUUUUACCUUGCCAUUGUUUUGUUUAUUGCACGUUUACGCCAAUUUAAGGUUUGAAUAUUGAAUUCUGCGAUGAUACCGCCAUCCAUCGGUCAAACAUUUAAAAUUAGCAAUUAAUUACAAAUGAAAUAUUAAUUUAACAAAACAUUUUCCAGUAGACCAAAUUGUAAAUCUAAACCAUUCUCGAAUCUCCUUGAACAUACACACAAAAUUUCAUCAAAAUCGGUCCAUCCGUUAGGAGCAGUUCAAAUGCAAACACACGGUCAGAAGAUUUAUAUAUAUAAAGAUUAGUAAGAAAAAUAUUUAUUUGUAUAGUAUACGAUGUUAAAAGCAAAAAAUUAAAAAUUUAUUCUUUCGAGAUUCGAACCUGUGUUAGCAUCUAGACUUUCCAAGCGCUUACCACCAACACCACCAUUGACACUUAGGUUGCCUUGCCUUAAGUAUGGUGUGGUUAUGCAUGCAAGAAACAUACGAUGGUUCUAAUAAUUUUGUUUAAGUAUAGAAAUAUGCUUUUGUAGAACAUUUGCUUUCGCAAACAUACAGACAAAUGUGCAAACGACAUAAUAUAUGCUUGUAUGAUUGUUUCGCAUUUUGCUUCUGAAUAUCACUAAGAAGUAUAACUUCUUCCGCGCGUAGGGACUCCACGCACCCUUUUUUUAUGGGCAAGACUGUAAUAUAAUUGAGUCACCCCUAACUUUGAAUAUGUCUGAUGAAACCUUGAAAGACGUUGUCAAAAACGGUCUUAGUACGUGUCAGAAUAUUACAGAUUUUUUAUGCCACACCCAAGCUGUGGAGCGCUGCAUUAAGUUGGUAACAGAAGCAUAGAGUGCAAUUUGUGGGGAAAAUAAACGAGAUGGUUUCAUUAAGCCAAGUCUGCUAUCACGUCAACGAAUGCCUCAUUUCAAUACAAAAAAAAAACAGUUUGAUUUUUAAUAAGUAUUUGAGGUAAUGUAAGAGAAUAUUUUUAGUAAUAAAUGCUUAGAAUGUCAUUUUUUUGUUUUACUAAAAUGUUUGACUACUGGGGCACCUCAAAACAUUAAGCCAGCUGUUUGAUAUUUUGCAUGUUUGUUUUAUAUAUUAAAAGGCAAUUUUUCACAGCUAUGCCGUUAAAAAACAAAAUAAAAAAUUCUCCAUACGUUAUCGCUCCACCUUAAUACGUAUGUAUGUCAUAUCCACCUUAAUACGUAUGUAUGUCAUAUGUAUACUGUGUGUGGGUAAUGACAUUAAUGACCCUCAAACUCCGAUAAAGGAGCUGUUCAGAUUUCUGAACAGUUCCUAACGGCUACAAAUAAGAUAUUUUUGUAAAUAUGUAUAGAAACAGAUAUCAUCGUACAAAUAUUUAUGUAUGUUCAUUAUCGCCAGCACAUACGAAUGUAGUCUGAAACGUAGAUACAUAUGUAUUUGUUUCUAUCAUUUCGGGUAUAUUGAUUAGAGACUGUAAUAUUUAAAGUAUGCAAUGUAAAGGAUCGCAAAAUAUCCUAAAAUAAUAAAAGAUAAGAAGUAGUUGUGUAUAUCGAUGGGAACACUUAUGUUUAAGAUAUGUGUACAUACUGUCGGUAUGUACAGUGGAUUAGUAUUAAGAUAUGUGUAUGUGCUUUGCAUGUGGUGCAAAAUAUGUAUAUUAAUAAAGGAGCUCUAGGCAACUAGAACCUAGUACUAUUUUAUUUCAUUUUAUUAAAUCGGCCUUCCUACUUAAAAUUUUUCGUCUCCGUAAACUUCACAAAUUUCAUUGGUGGCUUGUAUUUUUUCUGCAAUAAACCACUUCACAUCUUACCAAGGUAAGAACAUUUUUAAUUUUUUAUUUAUUUCAUAUACAAUUAUUUAUUUUGUUUUUGGGAGAAUGGAGAACCAAAUAAAAUUGGCGAAAGAGCUGUAAAAACUUCAUUUUAAAUCCAUGAGUAUGGAUAUAAAUGAAGAAUUAAGAAAUUUAGAGAAACUCCAAGAUAGUUUGGACAAAAAAUGGUCAGAAUUUCAACGAAACCAUUUAGAAUUGUCUAAAGAUCCCAAAAAUAAAAAAAGAUAAUUAUUUUAAAAAUGAUGUAGAAGGGACGGUAGGUACGCUUUAUUUUACUGAUAACGUGAUACUGUGCUUGAAUGCACAAAAAUGAAGAGUUAACAAGUAAAUUCUAUGAUUUAAGAAAUAGAUUUUACAAACUCAAAUUAAAAUCUAUUAGCAAAAAAAUGCUGCCAAUUUUACGUUGCUUCAAGUUGACAUUCCCAGUUUUUCAGGAGAUUACGCUCAGUGGCAAACUUUUAAAGCAUAAAAUGUGUAUUUUAAAAACUAAAUCAAGAGGAUCGGCUACAAGUUGUAUUGCAAAUCUGCCUUCAACCUCGACAAAUUUUUCAGUAACGAAUUUUUCAGUUAACGAAAAAUGUACUAAUAAAAGGUUACUCGCAAAUACUUAUUUCAAACAAAUUUCUGAAAGUACACAAGAAUUGGAAAGCUUCAGUUUGUCUGCAGAUAAUUUGUUACAAGCUUUGUGCAAAAAUUAGACAACAAUGUAAGACUUAUGUAGGUAUGAAAAAUCCCUUAAAAAUACCUACCUUAAAUUCACUACAGUCGUUUCUGAAUCAUGAAGGGAAUGCACUAGAACCAGCAGAAGCCUCAAAAACAUUACCAAAAUUUCAAAAUGCAGAAUUUAAAUGCAUAAUGGGAAGUAACAUCUCAUACAAUAUAUUUUAUUGUUAAAGCUCUUUCUACCCAGGACAAAUGGCACGCAGUAAUGAAAAACAAAUUAUGCACCAAAUGUCUUAAAACAGAGCACAAUAUAAAGGAAUGUAAAGGCGAAAGUUGCCUCACAUGUCAAGGAAACCAUCAUUUAUGGCUCCACAAAGACAAAUCCUUUAAAGCAAAAAGCACAGUAAUAAACAAUACGAAAAAUGGGAGAUUAAAAAGCGUUUCUAUACAUGUCCUUCUAACCACAGCAAUUGUUGGUAUAAAAGGCCGUGAUGGAAGAAUAAUAAAGGCACGUGCCUUACUAGAUAAUGGGUCUCAAGUUCACCUUAUAACCAAAGAACUGAAAAAUAAAUUAUUAUUGAAGGGGUUGGACGAAACAAGAUCAAUAUAAAAGAAAGAGUUAGUCUUCAAUUAAAAUCAAUAAUAGAUCCUUUCGAGACAAAUUUAGAAACCAUUGUGGUACAAAAUAUUGUGUCUCAUUUUCCCACAAAAUUCAUUAAAGUUAAAAAAAUUCCAGAGGAUAUAAAACUAGCAGACCCUUCAUUUAAUGUGCCAGGUAAAAUUGAUUUACUAUUAGGUGAGGGCAUUUUUUGAAUUGUUAAAAGAAAAAAAAAACAACUAUUGAAAAUAUAAAUUACAAACUCCAGAACAGUGGGUCUGGGUGGUUGAUGUAUGGAUCAACUAACAAAAGCUCCAAUUUAGCGCACUUGUGACAUAUUUAGAUGAAAAACGAGAUAAUCAACUAAAAAAGUUUUGGAAAAUAAAAUCCCUUGAAAAUAGAUAUCUUAAUAAAACUAAAAAAGAAACACAGUACGAGAAAUACUUUCGUAAUAAUUUAAAAUUCUCUGCAGAUAGUAAAUUUACUACAGCUUUUCCAUUCGAAAAGGACAAUAUAAGCCUAGGAGAUUCUUCUUCACAACCAAAAGGAAGAUUUAUCUCUCUAGAUAGAACACUUAAAAAUAAUAAACCACAAAAAAGAAGUAAAUGCCAAGUUCCUUGUGAAAAUAUUAACACUGGGACAUUGGUACUUUUUAAAGAAAAAAAUAUUCCACCAUUGCAGUAUAAGAGAGGACGAAUUGAAAACGUCAUUUUAAGCCAAGAUUGCAAAUGUAGGAAAUGUAGACGCAAGGAUAAGCAAUGGCACAUCGUAAAGAGCGAUGCACAAUGUUUAUCCUUUUCCUACUAAAGAAAAAAUACGUAAACAAUAAAGAGAGACGCGGUCGACUUGAACUAAAAAACAAGAAAAAUAAAAAUAUUAUACUUAUUUUGUUAAGCUUACUUAUAGUUUUACCAAGUUGUAAAUGUUUAAAUAUAAAAUAUUAAAAAAUAUGUUCUGGAGUAUUUUCUCAAAAAAGAAACUAUGUUGGAUUGACCAGGACAGCGUAGGAUAUAAUUGUUCACAUCGAUUUAUCAAUACUCGGUCGAAAGGCACCAAAUUUCAAAUUCCUUAAAACAUUUGGAAUACAUAUUCAACGAUAUUUGAAAAGAAUUUAGUGAACUCAAUGAUUCAGCAGCUGCACAACAAAUACUUAUUGAACAGCUUCACAACAUCAUCGCGUUUACAGGGAGGAGGAUGAAAAGGAAGACCAGGUCAGUGUUGCCCUUCAAAGGAUCAUUGGAUCAUUAUACUACUCCUUGUUUGACCUGAUGAAUGAAGAUUACUUAUGGUGUAUUGAACAGACCUUACUGUUCUCAGAUGGUCAGCUCUUGAGCUUGAUUCUCGAUAAUAGUAGUGAUUUGACCAACUUAGUGCAUGAAAAGUUCCCACGAACCCGAAGGGAAACAACCGGUGUACACAAUUUGUAUGAAAUUGUGAAGAAGAGAUGUCUCGGUGUGCCAGCCAUCAACGUCAACGAUUCGGUGACCAAGAGUAAACUCUAUAAUCUGUAUGGUUAUCUCGGGUCGCUAAUUGAUGGUAUUAAACUUCCCACCGAUGUGAUGAUUGCUGGCAAAGUGUGCUGCGUUGCUGGUUAUGUGAUAUUGGCAAAAGUUGUGCAUAAGCUUUGUGUAGUUUCGGCGAAAUCGUUAUUGUCACCGAAAUCAAUUCUAUCAUUGCUUUGCAAGCGGCAAUGGAAGACUAUGAAGUAACCACCAUGGAGCAAGCAUACAAAGAAGCUAUCAUAUUCGUAACAACAACUGGUUGCACGGACAUUAAUUACUGGCGCACAUUUUGAACACAUGCCCGGCGAUGCGAUCGUUUGUAAUAUUGUUAAUUUCUUUUGUGAAAUCGACGUCGCAUGUUUGAAUGUCAAUGCCAAGGAAAAGAUUAAUAUUAUAACAAACCCCAAGUCGACCGUUAUACACUGUCCAAUGAUAAUCAUAUUAUUUUGUUGGCCAAAGGACGUCUGGUAAAUUUGGGCUUCGCGCACGGUCAUACCAGCUUGAGACGUUCAACUCGUUCAGAAAUCAAGUGGUGGCACAAAUCGAUUUGUGGACCAAGGCUGACAAAUACAACGUAGAUGUGCCUCUGUUGCCGAAAAUACCUGAUGAAGACGUCGCCAGCCAACACUUGGAGAAAUUGGGUAUACGAUCUGAAAAGUUCCGUGAUUAAAUUCGAAUCCUUGGACUUUGAAUGACAUCAUAUUAUGCAUUACGGCAGGAAUACUGGCAACCUAAUCCUUUUAUCAUCGUAACAAUAGUUCUUCGACACAUCUGUAAUCAGCAAGGCACGCAUAUCCGAUAGGUGAAUAUAAGUUAUGAAAUUAAUUAUUAAUAUUAGUAAAUUAAAAUUAUAUUAAAAAAUUAAAAUUUAGUACAAAAUAGCUUAUAGGAGAAAAUUAUUAAGAGUUUGAUCUGCCAAUCUUGUAAAGAAAAAUGUAGUUAAAAUGCUCAAACUUUAUAAAUACUUUAAUUAUUUUGAAGUGUAAACACUUCAACGUGGACAUUAUGUUCAGAUUUCUGAAUAGCUCCUAACUGCUACAAUUGCAAAUAAGAUACAUAUUUUUAUAAAUCUGUAUCGAAACAGAUACAAUAUCAUAUUACAAAUAUUUAUGUUCAUUAUCGCCAGCACAUACGAAUCUAGUCUCAAACGUAGAUAUGUAUUUACAAAUACUCAUUUCUAUGAAUGAAAAUGAAUAAAAAUUCAUGAUCAAAUAUAAUAAUGCAAUAUAUUAAAAUAAAACAAGUAAGGAAGAACUAAGUUCGGGUGCAACCGAACAUUUUAUAUUGAAUAUAUUUGAGAAGGGGGUAGUGCCGACCAGAUUUUAUCUAUUUUUGAUCAUCCCACAUACUACAAUAUGCCACAUACUCAGAUACUCCCUCGGUUUCAUUUAGGUACCUUACAUACAAUCAGCAAUCAUAUGGAGCAAGGUCAAGUGGAUGUCCGAAAAUCUUGGUAAUAGUUAUAUAGGUGGGGGGGUUGUGUUGGUAGGGUCAAGUUUUCGCGUAUUUAUUUUAGGCGCAAAGAUACACUGUUAUGAAUAAAUAAUCUUCUGCAAUUUUCAUUGAAACUUGACUCAAAUAUUGGCGGAUAUAUCCAAGAUAAAGUGACCUAGAAGUUCUAAAAUCUUUAUAUUAGGUAUAUGGGGGCUCAGGAAAGUAUUGAUCCGAUUCAAACCAUUUUUUGACACAAUGAAAUACUAUUGUCAGUAAAGGAUUCUGUGUGAAUUUCAAUUUCACGUCUCACACAUUAACCGAUAUUUUCUGUAAAAAAUCAACUAUUGGUAUCGGGUUCACAUAUUCGGUACCUAGGGCUUGUACAGUUGUGGUUGGAUUUAGACAAUUAUUGGUCAAAAGGUGGCUUACUUUAAGGGAAUUAUUGCCGCAAAAUUUUAUUCCGUUAUAAGCUUAGUACGCAGCUGUCAAGAAACGUAAAAACUUCAUAUAAAAAAACGCUUAAGAAACGGUCAAGAAACUUUCCUACGAUAAAUUUACUUGUGCUAGUACGCAGCUCUCAAGAAAUCUAGUACUCAUUUUUAAUACUUUUUUUCAAUAAAAUGUGAAUAUGGCAAAUCUGGUUUUGCGAAGAAACAUCAAAUCAACAAUUGUUUCUUAAAGGGAAUUCGAAGUAAUCGUCAAAUUCAUCCUAAAUUAGUUGAAGUCAUUAUUCCAUUUUGAAAUGUUGUAUAAAACUUACCAAUCAUCAACAACAUUCCUUAAAUCUCAAUGAAAAUAUUUAUUUUACCAUACACAUACAUACAUACAUACAUAAUACGACCAAGUUUGUUUACUUUGUUUAUUCUCUCUUGCUCUUCUAAUGUGGAUCAUUACAAUGCGUAACCAGCUGUCAAAAUUACUUGAGAAAUAAUGUAUUUUUUUCUUGAGGAAUUACUUGAGAGCUGCGUACCAACCUAUAUCAAUUAAUUCUUUAUUUGUGUACUAUAAAGUGAAAGAAUCAAAUGGAAUUUUAAAUUGUGUUAUAUGGAAAGUAGGCGUGGUUGUAGUCUGAUUUCGCUCAUUUUUACAGAGUGACACUGGAAAAUGAAAAUAAUAUUACGUUCCAAAUUUUGUCGAAAUCGCCUAUUGUUCAAUUUUCACACCGGCUUCUAUAGAGCCCCUUUAUACCACCUAUAUACCACCCGUAUAGAAUAAUUAAACAGGAUUUCAGUAUUUAAUUAAAAAAAAAAAUAAAUAAAGCAGUACACAUUUUAUGCAACUGACCAACUAUUUUCAACGCGCUUUUUUUAAAGGGAGAAAAGACGGGAAAAUAUUUAAGCUUAUAUGUUAAGUAGAUACCCUGUAGUUUACUAAGAAAAAUAAUUCAUAGCUCGACUUCGCCCGACACUAUAACAAAAACACAAAUUUCUAAAAAACUAAAAAAAAUUUAGUUUUUUUAAUGAUUCAUUAUUUUCCGGAAAAAAACAUAACAAUACAUUAACUAAAAUAAUUUUUAUAUCGUUAAUAUUAAAUACAUACCAUGUUGUCCUGAAUCCGUGAAAAAUAUUUUCAAUAAUUCCGUUCACGCAAUAAAAAAACCCACUUGUAAUAUCGAGAACAAUGGAGAGUUUCGCGAAUAAGCACGUGCGUUCUGAACAAAGUCUAGGUUCCGACUACUUGUGUGGCAAUAUAGCGGCCUGAAGGUCAUUCAUUUAAUGGGUUCAUUGUAGAACGGUUAUUUAGAUACCGAAAAAAAAUCAAUUUUGAGUACCAUCGCUGCAGUGUAUCAUUUUCAAUUUUUUUCGGUUUUUGAGGGUAAAUGCUCCUAGGUGCGUCGUUCAUACUUAACAGGAGCUGUGGAAUGUUGUAGCUAGAAACGUGAAACCACAAACCGUAAAAAUAUAACCUCAGACGUUAUUGAUUUCUAAGAAUGGAAGUAUUACCUAUGCUGAGAUUCUUAGGGAAAAUUAAAUCCGAAUGUACUCAAAGCGACUUCAAAAAGAAACCCGAAUACGUAAAGAAAACGUAAAGCGCAAGAGGCUGAAAUGCUGCUGCAUCCAAGUGGUUCAGCAAUGUCAGCCGACUCGCAGAAAACAAUGAGUAAAUGUCGUGGUGAGCAAAGAAGAAAUUAAAACUAAGGACGAAGACCUUUAUGCGCUGCAGGGAGAGUUGGGAAUAACGAUAUGGAAAUGUAACCCCAACUCUCCUCAACUGGAAAACACUGACCUUUCAAAUGACUUUGUUCGAAUUAAUGAUGUUAAAACCCAUAGUUGCUAUUUGCCUCCCAGCAUCAAUGACGAUUAAUUUAAGAACAUAAUCGAUCAUCUAGUGACUGAUGUCCGAAGUAAAACUGUUUUAGUAAUAGCCGUCGACUUUAAUGUCAGAUCUAUUGAAUGCGUAUGCUUUUGCUUCCCUUGAUCUUGAGCUCUUAAACACCAACCAGCCCACAUUAAAAAAAUUUGGCCAGCAGUCAGUGGUAGAUCUGACUUUCGUUUAAUUAAGUCUAGUUCGUAGAACUCAUUGGGAAAUAAGUGAUCAUUAUAUUUUCGUAAUCACUAUUGCACUAUAUUCUACUCCGUCUUAAGAGAGCAUAUGACGCAUUAAUGGCCAAGCAUACACGACGCAACCAUUACCCAAAGCAAAAAGCACCAUCUUAUAUUACUGUCAAAACCAAACAAGACCUUGAUAGUCUCGUCCCAUUUCCACCAUUCUGCAUGCUAGACUCCACUUGAAAAAUCUUUCAGCGAAUUAUAUAUCAACGUAUAAAUAAAACCAUAGAUGAUACUGGCGGCUUAUCCGCGAAUCAAUUUGGAUUCAGGAAGGCAAGAUCCACAAUCGAAGCGGUGAACCUAGUAAAGACACUGGCCGAAAAGGCUACUAGUAGGAAACGAUGGAAAGGCGGAAAGUAUAUGAUUGUAACCCUCGAUGUCAAAAUUGCAUUUAAUUCAGCAUCCUGGCAUUGCAUAUUAAUUGCUCUAAAAAGCUUCUCCGUGUCUCCGUACCUAUACAAAAUAAAUGUCAGCUAUUUUAAGGAAAGAAUUCUAAGCUAUAGCAAGGAUUAUGCAGACAUUAAUCCGAAUGAUGCUUAAUGCACGUAGAUCAAAGCAAAAUAAGAGAAGACUCUUGGGUGGAGUUCUGAAGAUCUCGCGCUAUAUGGCGCCGAAGUGUAAGAAAAAGCACUCGAAACUGCCUUAAACCUUUUAGAUAUCUUAGUCGAAGAGACUAAACAACCACUAACAGACUUACCAUCCAGAACCGUAAAGCAAACAUCUAGAACAGAGACGAUGAAGGAGAUGGAAAAGGCGACAGGAGGGUAGUCGAUAUGGACCCUUUAGAUAUCUUAGCCAAAAAGACUAAAAAUUCGGUAAUGGACUUAUCACCCAGAAUCGUAAAGGAAAAUGCAAGAGAAGAGACGGCGAAAAAGUUAGCAACGGCGAUGGGAAGGUAGUGUUGGAUGUUGGUUGUUGAUCUAUGGCAAAAAAGACCACAUGGCGACUCCAAAACUAAACGGACCACUAGAACGUAGACCAAACAAUGGGUUAGGACGUAUGCACGUUCUGUACUGUCCUAGUAUUGUCUAAAAAAAUCUUGUUCAAAUAUAAUUGAAUGCAGUGCCGGGGAAAGGAUAUUAUUAAUUUAAUUUAGUGGACUGUAUUUAUCUGAUACUCAAACUUAUCUUUCUUAAAUUUAGUUCUCUGCUGCUUGUAAUAUCGAUGUUUCUUCUCAUUGACUUUUGGAGGCGGUCAUUGGUUUGUAUACGUAAAUCAUUAGCACCAUGUCGAGAACGUUUCUUUUUGGUUGUGGUACCAGAUUCAUUUCAGUCCUCUUUUGCUGAUGUUCCACCAUCUUCGGAGACUUCAAAUUCCACAUUCAGGGGAAUCAGAGUACAGUUUUGCAUCUAUGACAACAUAUUCAGUCGGUCGUCGUACCUUAUUUUUGCUGCUUGAAAGCUUUUGUCUCAAUUUACGCUCAGUAUUUUUAUACUGUGUUUUCAACGCCAAGUAAUCGGCAUACAUUAAUUUGGAGCAAUGAAAACGGUCGGAUAUAUAGUAUAUUCGUAUUUAGCAAUUCAUCAGUUUAUCAUUUAUUUUAUUAACAGAUGCGAUUUAUCAACAUGAUUCUCCGCAUUAGCAGUAUAUCGUGCCGUACGUGUUGGCUUUUCUACAAAAUCUUCUUUUUCUUCUUAUUUAGUUUUUGAUCUUUUUCUUUCACCACAUAUUCCUCAGCUUCGUCUUUAAAAUACACAUGUUCGAUUACUGAAGCAUCGUCCUCAUCUUAAUCACUUCAGUUUUCAAUUUCUUCAAAAUGUCAAAGUUUGCAACUGUUUAAGAAUGCAUAUGACGUAGAAGGACACCCUAAAGUCUGAGAAAUAUACAUACAUAUGUAUGUAUGUAAUAUCUUUUGAGUUGAAUAUACAUACAAUAUUUACCACUAAUUUAGUGUAAGUGAACUGCAGGGAACGCCAUUGUACUUAUUACUUUCAUUAUCAUAACAGUGCUCUUUUGAGGCCAGCACCCGUGGUCUGCGUCAAAGAAUCGAAACACCAAAAAUAUUUUCUAAUAUUAAUUUCCGCAUGCUUAUCAUUGUUAAUAAUGUCAACGAUUCGAACAGUAAUGGACAUCUGUUCAACACGACAGGUGUUCAAUCUAAUAUUAUUGAAUAAUAUUUAGUAGAGUGAAUUAAUUUUUCCCUGAAUUGCGGGAACGAACAAAGCCAUAUAUUCGACAAAUUAAAAAAAAAAAUUGUCGUUCCCAUUCGAAAAUAUUGUGUCACCAUUUCCUCGAAAAUUACUUCCCAGAACCCUUACUAAUGCAACAAAUCUUUUAACAAAAUUCUGCUAGUAAUGUUCUUGUGUUCUUAUUAGGCGAUGGUUUUCUUCAUCUAUUGUUUGAUUAAUUUGUAUGCUCUUGCAACCAGUUGCUACAGAGUAUUGUAGUUUUGUUCACCUAACGGUUGUACGUAUCACCUAAAACUAAGCGGGAUAUAGGGUUAUAUAAAUGUAUAACAUAUAUAAAUAUACAUAUACGUCUAAUAUGUAAAUGAUCAGAAUGACGAGAAAAGUUGAAAUCCGGUUGACUGUCUGUCAGUCCGUCCGUCCAUGUAAGCUGAAAUUUGAGUAAAAAUUGAGAUACCUUGAUGAAACUUGGUGUGUAGGUUUCUUUAAUUAACUGAAAACAAAAUACUCAAGUUCGGCAUGAGGGAUGGCAGUAGCUAGGGGCACAUGUGAGCAAAAAAUUUUGAAAAAGUGGGCGUGGCCACGCCCUCUAACAAGUUUAAUGUACAUAUCUCUUAAACCACUUAAGAUAAAACAACCACAACCAACCGAACCAGUUGGACACUAUGAAAUGGAUGAAAUCGGAUGAUAACCUCGCUCACUCCCCAUAUAAUGUUACGGUUAAAGACUACUAAAAGAGCGAUAAAUCAAAAACUAAAUUCGCCUGAAACAUUAAAUUUUACCACCGAAGUGCAAAUUGAACGAUGGGCGUGGCACCGCCCACUUUUUGGUGAAAUUUCAUAUCUCGACCAACCGAUUAAGUGCGUGGCAAUUCUACUUACAUUCUUAUUCUUAUUCUUACCACGCCUACUGCUCCUAUAGCACAAUUUUUAAUUCCUCUUGAUUCGUUCAGUUACUAAUGCACAAAUCAAAAAGCAAUAAAUAUAACGGAAUAAAACUUUGCACGAAUAAUGUCUUUAGUGUGUGACAUUAUAGUUGACUUUUGAUGGACAACGUCGGUCAUAUAUAUGAUAUAUAUAUAAUUGAAAUUAAGGGAUUAUCUUUCUUUAUAAUGAUUUGUCUGUAUGUCAAAAAUAGGUUAGCCCUCAUAUACUUAAUAUAAAAUUUUUCGAAAUUCGGGGUGACUUUGUAUCGCAUUUAUCAGCCAAUAUGUGAGUUAUCUCAAUGUAAACAGAAAAACGUCACCCGGAUGUUCGAAAUCCUGACAUUAGUUAUAUAAUAGGGGCUAGGCCAAAUUUUCGCCUAUUUCUCAUAGCCUAUUAUAUAACUAAUGUCAGGAUUUCGAACAUCCGGGUGACUUUAUUUUAUAUGAUUGGUUUUACACCUUAAAGUAUUUCCCUUGCUUUGAUUCGUGCAAGUUGCAACAGUAUAACAUGUUCGGUUGCACCCCAACUUAGCCCUUCCUUACUUGUUAGCCCUGUUUUUAUCUUGAACUGAAAGAUUUCUAAAAAUAUUGAGUACAGUAGCCAUAAAAAGAAACAUAUUCAUCGUUAACAAAAGACCUUUUAUAAUGUCGUACUGAAAAUUUCCUUCCUUCACUUGAAUUGGGGGCCCGAUUAGUAUUUUUCGCAUAUUAGCUGAAAGGUUUUCCCACGUCGCACGAUCGUUUGAAAUAUCAUGAAAUGAAAUGAAAUCAUUCUCUACUUUUGAAAAAAGGAUUGUAAAAAGUAUAAUUUUUCGCACUUCCACACUACAUGUUCGCUUGCUUUUGCGAAUUGAUCCGAAAGUUAAUAUAAAAAAUAUUUUUUACUAUUAUUCAUACAUAUUUACAUACAUAUGUAUGUAUAUGAUACUUUGUGCGCAAUUCAACGGGCUAUUCACAAUCAACGCAUAGCAAUUUACGAAUGUACUAAAUGUUAAUAAUUUUUGUAAUGAAGUAAUUUUGUAAAUUAUUUUUUAUAUUAUUUAAAUCUAUAUAUAUAAAAAUAAUAUAAUAAUAUGUACGUCGCCGAACUAAUCAUAAACACGUCGUACGAUUUCAACCAAACUUACACACUACGUAGGCAGUGGUCCAUAUAUGGUUUAAAUGAAUUUUGGUUGAAAUCCGAUAACGCAUGUGUGUGCGGUGCGUAUGUGAAAUGAGUGUGUUUUUGCCGCAGGCUUUUUUUGUACCGCAUACAGUAUUCAUUAGUAUUGAAUACAUUUUGGUCGUUUGUGUAUUGGAGACCAUUGCACGGAGUGAUGCAAAUAGCAAUUUGUUAUCAUUUCUCUUUUCUCUUAGAACGUCAUUGGUGAUUGAUCUUAUCAUAAUCGAUUUUUGAAAAUAUUAAUUUCCUCGCAUUUUUUGGUGAGUAUUUUGAUAAAAAUAAAUUAAUUUUCGUUAUAAUCAUCGUUUUAAUUUGAAUAUUUUGUUAAAAAAAAUUAAAAAAAAACAAUGAUUACUGAGAUAAAAAUCGAUUGUUUUGCUAAACAAAUGUUCUGAUUGUUACAAGUGACAUAAUCACAAAUUUGAUAUUUUGUGAAAAAAAUUAAAAAAUUACGUGAAUUUUUUUUGUUUAAUGUUCGAUCAGUGAGCUAAAAAUUACUUGGAUUUUUUGGCCAAUCUUUAAUUGAAUUUUGUCACAUUUUCAGCAGAUUUUCGUGUCUUUUCGUCACUUUUUCGUGCUUUUCGAGUGCAGGCGAUCUCGAACGUUUCAUUUUCGCUUCCGAACGGUAAGACAAAAAUUAUUUCGAUUUUUUGGCCAAUUUUUAAUUGAAUUUUGACACAUUUUCAGCUUUUCGAGUCCAGAAUUUGCUGGAUUUCAUCAAUUUAUUACUGAAGUUCUUUAUUAUCUUUAGUUUAGUUUCUUCUAAAAAUCCCACGAAGAGCAAGAGCUGACAUUGGACGUCGGUCGCGUAGAACGCAAAAUAGAUCAAACGAAAGGGAAAAUCAAUCGCAAGAACAGCGAGAACUAGAGAUUGCAAAUACAAGGGAACGUGUUGCAAGAUCGGGUUCAGAUCGUAGGCCGACAAGUAUUAAUCAAAAUGUUCAAAGGCGUGCCGCACAAAUCUACGUUAAUGUUGUUUGUUGUUGUUGGUGCUGGAUUUAGAUAUAAUCACGCAAUUGAUUACAGUUUGCAUAAGUUUGUGGUUAUGCACAUAAAAUUAUGAUGCGACAAAAUCAGGAAAAUCAUAUUUUGAAAUGUCGGAGACUCUUUCAUCAAUAUGUCGUAGACAUGUAUGCAAAGAUAGAAACAGAGCGUUUGAACUUUACUCAAUUCAAUCAACGGAAGUUGCGAUCAGAAGAGUAUAUACAUCUCCCCGAUGCAAUCAAUAAUGACGGAAAUGUUGACAAUGUUGGAAAAGUUGUUAUUUUACCAGCAAGUUACACAGGCAGUCCAAGGCACAUGCAUGAAUAUGCACAAGAUGCCAUUUGCUAUGUUCGUUUGUAUGGUCGACCAGAUUUGUUUAUUACAUUUACAUACAUGUAAUCCACAAUGGGACGAAAUCAAGCAAUAUUUAUAUGAAGGGCAAUCUUCUACAGACCGUCAUGAUAUAACUGGACGAGUAUUUAGACAGAAGCUGAAAUCAUUGAUGGAUUUUAUUGUUAAACAUCAAGUUUUCGGCGAAUUCGAUGUUUGAUGUAUUCGGUGGAAUGGCAAAAGAGAGGAUUACCACAUGCCCAUAUUUUGGUAUGGUUAGUCAACAAAAUAACAAGCGAUCAAAUAGAUGACAUCAUCUCAGCAGAAAUUCCUGAUCAGGAAAUCGAUUUGUUACAAAAAGUAUGAUUCAUAGACCAUGUGGUGUUCUAAAUAUUAAUUGGCCAUGUAUGAAAGGUGGCAAAUGCACGAAGCGGUAUCCCAGAGAUUUGAUUUCCGAGACAAUUAAUGAAAAAAAUGGUUACCCAUGGUAUCGCCGACGCUCAACAGAUGAUAAUGGCAAAUCAAUAAAUCUACGAGUCAAUAAUCUAGAUAUUACAGUUCAUAAUAGGUGGGUUGUCCCCUUUUCGCCAAUACUAUCAAAAGCAUUCAAAUCUCAUAUCAAUGUAGAAUAUUGCAAUUCUGCUAAAUCGAUUAAAUAUAUCUGCAAGUAUGUAAAUAAAGGCAGCGACAUGGCUGUGUUUGGUGUUGCAGAGAACCGAAAUGAUGAAAUAACACAAUAUGAAAUGGGAAGGUAUAUCCGUAGCAAUAAGGCAGUUUGGAGAAUAUUAUCGUUCCCAAUUCAUGAUCGAAAUCCGACAGUUAUUCAUUUGCCAGUACAUUUGCAAAAGGAACAACGUGUAUAUAUCACAGUUGAUACUGCACAGCAAUUUGUAGAGCGACCACCAUCAAUUGUUUCGAAUUGUGUCAAAAUGAUCAAUUUGCUAAAACAUUGCUUUAUUCACAAGUACCAGCAUAUUACACUUGGAAUGCAUCUGGAAAGAAAUGGAACAGACGUAAGCAAGGAAGACCAGUUCAAGGUUAUGCUGGCAUUUUUGAAAGUGAUGUCAUUGGACGUCUUUAUACAGUGCAUCCCAGUCAUGCUGAAUGUUUUUAUUUGCGUCUAUUAUUGAUUCAUGUUCGUGGGCCUACAUCUUUUUUGAGUUUGAAAAGAGGUAACGGUGUCACACUUUUCGUCAAGCAUGUCAGGAAUUGCAUUUACUGGAAGAUGAUAAUCACUGGGAUGCAACACUUAGGAAUGCAUCAGCAACAGGUUCUCCUCAUCAAAUAGGAACAUUAUUUGCUAUUAUUAUUGCAACAUGUUUUCCAUCUGAUCCACUGCAAUUAUGGGAAAAUUUUAAGGAUUUUAUGUCCGAAGACAUUUUGCUUCGAAUGAGCCGAAUUGCAGAAAAGAACUAUUUAAUUAUUACACUUGAAAUGUUUAAUGAGGCAUUGAUUAUCAUUGAAGAUAUUUGUCUGGUAAUAGCAAAUAAAGCAUUGACACAAUUGGGUUUGGCAGCUCCAAAUUGACCAAUGCAUGAUGCAUCCAAUCAAGAAAUAAACCCUGAAAAACAAUAUGAUUUGAAUGAGUUGACCACAUUUAUAUACUUGAAUUUUCGUAAAUUGAAUCCAGAACCAUAAUGGAAUCAGUACGAAACGAAACUGGAGGGAUGUUUUUUUUAGACGCUCCAGGAGUAACUGGCAAAACAUUUCUGAUUUCCUUGCUAUUAGCGACUAUAAGAUCACUGAGUAAUGUAGCAUUGGCACUUGCAUCAUCUGGAAUAGCAGCGACGUUAUUAGAUGGUGGUCGGACAGCCCAUUCUGCACUUAAAUUACCACUGAAUAUGAAUGUAAAUGAAAAUCCCACCUGUAAUGUUUCCAAAAAUUCAGGAAUAGACAAAGUCUGCAACAAUGCAAAUUAAAAGUGUGGAAUGAAUGUAGAAUGGCCCAUAAGAAAUCAGUGGAAGCGUUAUACAGGACAUUGCAAGACUUGCGUAGUAAUGAUCAAUGAUAUUUGGUGGCACUUUGAUUCUGUUGGCUGGUGAUUUUCGUCAGACAUUGCCUGUGAUUCCCCGUUCAACACCAGCAGAUGAAUUAAAAGCAUGUUUAAAGUCAUCUUAUUUAUGGAGGCAUGUAAAAAUACUCAAUUUGACUACAAAUGUGCGAGUACAAAUUCAAAACGAUCCAUCGGCCGACACAUUUUCAAGGCAACUGUUGGCAAUAGGCAAUGGUCAACUUGCUGUUGAUCAUGAAACUGGCUUAAUUAUUUUACCAGAUAACUUUUGUAAUAUUGCACCAACAAAAGAAGAAUUGCUGUCAAGUGUUUUUCCAAAUAUUGCAGAAAAUUAUCGCAAUCAUAAUUGGUUGGCUGAAAGAGCUAUACUGGCCGCUAAGAAUAAAGACGUUGGUCAAACGAAUGCAGACAUUUUAACCCAUGUUCCUGGCGUGGUUGUAACAUAUCAAUCAGUUGGCACGGUUACGGGCUGUUAAUUAUCCGACAGAAUUUUUGAAUUCAUUGGAUUUACCCGGAUUUCCACCUCAUCGUUUACAAUUGAAAGUGGGAGCUCCCAUUAUUAUGCUUCGAAAUAUAAAUCAACCACGAUUAUGCAAUGGGACAAGAUUAGCGGUUAAAAAGGUUAUGAACAAUUUGAUCGAAGCAACAAUUUUAAAGGGGAAGUUUAAAGGUGAAGAUGUAUUGAUUCCACGAAUUCCAAUGAUUCCAUCAGAUUUACCUUUUGAAUUCAAAAGACUACAGUUUAUAGUACGUCUGCAUUUGCUAUUACAAUAAAUAAAGCGCAAGGGCAAUCGUUGGAAUUCUGUGGAAUUGAUUUAGAAUAUCCUUGCUUUUCACACGGCCAGUUAUAUGUUUCGUGCUCACGUGUUGGCAAGCCUUCAGUUCUCUUUAUUUACACAACAAUUCAUGGCAAAACCAAAAAUGUUUCUACGAAAGAGCUCUAAGAUAGUUUAAGUGAUACAUACUCUCAGAUUGUAAGAAACUAGAAUUAAAAGUUGAAUAAUAGGCAACAAAACCAACUUUAUUAAAAACAAGUGUGUUUCUUUUCUUAUUUUGUUUUGCCGUGCGAAGCAGGCACCGGCCCCGCUAGUAAAUUAUAAAAAAAUAACUAAAAUUAUUAAAAGAAAAUUAGCCAGAAUGUUGCUUUAAAAUUUAUGCGCUCUAGGCAUUGCUUCACUUGCUAUAGGGACGGCCGUUCAAGAGAUUCCCUCAGUCUAGGUGCUGACUUCGCUGCCAGUUGCUUUCAAAACAACUGUUGGCAGUAAGUGUAAAAAUAUAUUUAGUGCCUGGCUCGGCGUUGAGAGCUUUACUGAUUAGUCUAAGUACCUUGCCUUAUCUUCUACUGCUAGCCUGGUAUCAUUUCAUAAUGACGGCAUAAUUUCUGGAAUUAUGUGUUUCUUAGUGAACAAUACUAGCUCUGCUAGAAUUUAAGCUUAGUCCUCACAAUACGGGUCAUCAACUUAUGCCAUUUAGUAUUAUCUGCAUAAGAUAAGUGAGGGUAUUCGGAAAUUUACUUCUAAUCGGAAGUGCCACACCAUCAGCGUAGGCCACAACCUCUCUUUUCUAAAUCUAGCAACAUUUUAUUCAUUAUUAAGAUCCAGAGACUUUGAGAUUACGUUCCAUCUUGAGGUGUACCUCUUCGGACAGUUCUCUUCAUCUAUGAAAUUAUUUUCCGGUCUCCUGUCGGUUUUUACCUACGUAUUACCUUUGUUGUAUAACAAAAGCCUAGCAAGUAGUAAAUACAUUAGUUAAAGAGCAGCUCACCCCUUUCGUUGAUGUCUGUGUUGCCCAUUGUGUUGUGUGCAUUGGAUUUACUUCCAAGUAUAGUAAAACACAUGGAUUCUUUGCUGUUAUGUACCAUCUCCUUUACCAACUGCUAUGGUGCAGCCGGGAUCUUGCGUAUCGAUAGCUAUCAGCGUGGCUCCGGGGUAAACUUUUCCAACCGUACGACCUUACUUAUAAGUAUGAGUUACUGUUACUUAAAUAAAGCCAUUUGUAGGGUAGGGUUUUUCCAGUUACGGAGUCUUCGGGUUACAUUUAUCUGGAAUAGCAGCUUUAUUUCCUUUCGCUACACCACUUCGCACAUUCACCGAUUUUACACAUUUCACUGAGUAAGGUCAAAUCGAUCUGCUUAUCAAGGACUGACUAUUUUAAUAGACCAUAUGCUGCUUGACAGUUGUUGAAGUUUAGUUGUAAAAAUCACAUAUUUAUUGUAGGGUUUUUGCUACCUUUUUCUAUAACAGGCAUAUGAGGCUGGCGAUUUCAGUAGUACCUGCUUUCAAGCAAAUCAAGCAUUCUGGUCUACUGGGUCAGUCCUUAGCCUGAUGAUCACUCUCACCACAUCUUCUAUACAAUUUAAUUUAAUCCUAGUCCUUGCAUUUAUGAGGGUCUUCUGGGUCACUAUUAUAAUGCUGGCUAGGUAAUGCGAGUCGGCACAUUGAUGAACUGCUUAAUUGCAGCAGAAUAUCAGCGCCUUGGAUUUAAUGAAUUUUGGUAACCCACUUUUCGAAUUCACUGAAGAUGGAGUCGGACUUAAACUUUUUAAGAAUCUCAGAAUAGACUUCCUUUCAAUUUUUAGAAAAUAAAAUUGUCUGAGGUUAAGUUUUUAGGGGUUUUGUGGUUUUUAGUUUGAAUUUCCUAGGAGUUAUUCCCUUGACAGUCUGUAGUUGAUCGCUUAGUGCGUUGUUUACUCUUUAAAUUCAGCUAGUGCUUGUUUUUGUAGUCUUAUCUUUGAUAUUUCGCUUGGCUGACCAGUGAGGUCGGUUUUAGCAUCGCUAUGGGUUACCAGAGAAUUAACUAUGAUGAUGUUAUCAGUUGGUCGCGUGGUUUUAUCUGUUGUUCAUACGUUAAGCAAUUGAUGUAACGGUGUUAAGCGAUUGGAUGUUUGGUGUUAAUACCAGUAGACCUGGUAAUUGGGUAAUUUCGUUGCUCCGUUGCUCUCAACUUGGUGGCGGUUAUGAUAAUUUUUGUUUUCGUUUAGGAAACAAUAAUCCCCUAAGUGUAUUAUUACACGAGGCGACAAAAGUUGCUAAUUCUCGGGCGAUUCUCUUUUGCUGUCGCCCAUUACCUUCACACGAGCAACUUGUGUUGCGCAACUCUGUUCGAGUUUUUUUCUCAUUCUCUUUCACUUUACUUUAACCCAUUGUCUACUCUUUACUUUAACCCAUUGUCGUUUCUUUUUCCUUAUGGGUACUUGGGCCACUCUAUCACAUAUAUUAAUCAGUUCUGACAAUUAAGAAAUACAUUUUAUUUAUAAUUCAAAAUUAAAACAAAGAUUAUAUGACAGACUUUCGCAUACAUAUGUCACCCUUUUCACUAUCGUCUGAAUCAAUUUGUAUGGCUUUCUCCAUACAUUUCAUAAUAUCUUUAAUUAAUUCGAUUUUUUCGUCAUACUCCAUUUUCUAAAAUAUUUAUAUUAUAUUAUGUAUAUCUGUAUACAUAUUUGCAAAUUACUUGCCAAAAGAUGAAAUUAAAUUUUUUAAAUAUAUUUCAAAUAUUAAUUAAAAAAAAAAUAUACGCAAAUGCAACUAUGUACUACGAAAGAAAGAACACGAAUGCCGAAAAACGUCGCAGCGAACUGCUACGAAUGAGAACACAAAGCGAGUUGCUGAACACUGGAAACUCGGCGCGAUUCUCCUCUCCUCGUCGCCCCCUCGCCUAUAAACCAAGAUUUGCGAGACAAAAGUUGCUGCGUGUAAUAAGCCACUAACUCUGUUGUUGAGCAGAGAUUCCUCAGACAUUUCUCUUAAAGUGAAUUGUGGAUGUUAAGAGGUUCAAACCUACCUAAAAGAGGGAGACGGCAAUACGCGUAUUUGAGAGUGUGCUAUUUUCGUAUUCCCCCUUCUGCGGCCUUCGCCCUUAAUUAAUACAAAUUUCAAAGUAGAAAAUAACACUUACUGCUUCUUCGAUUUAACUGUAGAUUGUUAAAGUAAAGGUUUGGUGGUUGUGUGUAUUCUCUGCGUUCUUGCGCACUCAGACUCAUCAUAAAUCCCAACGUUGAUCUUCUAGAGCUGCUGUCAACACGUGGUGUUUAUACCCUCAUUGGUUUCCUAGGAAGAAAAACACUUAAUCUGUUCACUUGUACGUUAUGUUGUGCAUUUGUAAAAUUUCUUCACCACUGUUCGCACAGAGAGCUAAAUAUAAAUAUAAUAUUUUUACUAUCAAUUUUUUUGUUAGUUAUUUGUUAAUUUUAGAAGAGUAUAGAAAAAAAUUAAAAACUAAAAAAAGUAAAAAAAUUCAAAAAUUAUGAGCUGAUGAAGUGGGGGGUCUCUAAAAAUUUCCACGUGACCAUACCCAUGAUUUCAACCCUCCUAGUUAUCUGAAACCAAAAAAAAAAAAGAUUAGUAAUCUAGAAUAAUGUCGUAAUGGCCGGAACUACGGAAAAGUGGGAAAAAAGUUUUUUCACAAAAUGGCGACUGCCUAAAAAAAAGUUUUUUUUGGAUCAUUUUUUCUGACUAUUUCGAAUUUUUUAAAACUAAUAAAAACAAAAAUUUGGGGAUGGGUCUAGUUCCAACCAUAGACAAGCCUAUAAAGAAGACUCUAUAAAAAUUUCAAGUAAAUCGGUCCUGUAGAACCUGAGAAGUCGUGGGUAUCGUUCCGAAAAAGUCAGUUUUGAGAAAAACGCGUUUAAAGUUUCGCGUAAAGUUUUUUGUUCGAUUAGUUCCGGCCGAACCAGUAUGGAUGCCGGGCCAGAAAAAUGCCUAUAUCUCCGAAAAUAAUUUGAAUUUUGAAAAAUCCUCUUGUACACAUAUUCUUGAAUAGUUAAACUUUGAAAAUAUAAAAAAAAAAUCGAUUUUGUCUUAAUUUCUAGACCAGAAUACCUCCUGAAGGUAUGUUCAUAAAGAUAUGAACAUGAAAGUUUUGUAACCUUAAGAUAGAAUUAUAUAUACAAAAUUAUAUUUUUGACACAACUACAUUAAUACAUAAAAAUAUACAUGUAAACAAUAAAUUAAAUAAAAAGUAUAUACAGUCCACUAAAUGUCAAGUGCAAUGGUAAGCAACAAAAUUGUAAUAUGAGACUUGCUCAUAAAAAUGUGAAAAUCAUUGCACAUAAAAGAAAACUCAUAAAUUAGAGUAUACAUAAUACUAAUAUUAAAAUACAAAAUAUACAUACUCGAAAUAUUAAUGCACACAAGCAACAGAUAAGAAAGUAUCAAGCGUGUGUACGUAUGUGUAUAAGUGCGUUAGAUGCACUAAUCUAAAAAAACUAUAAAAUAUCAAUGCGUUGGUAUCUCAAAAAUGCAAUAAAAAUAUAAUACAUAUUUACACAUGUGUAUGCACACUAAGCAUACACACAUAUACAUAUAUACAUAGUUAAGAAAUUAGAAUUAAGAAAUGUAUUGAGUGAAGAAAUUUUAAUAAAGAAAAUCAGAGUCAAAAGUGAACUCUCACAGUACAGACUUAAGCAAAGACUGUUUUUUCUGUACAUUUGGUCCUUCGAUCCUCUUUUUGAAAAAGAAUCGAGCAAGUGCAAGUACUAGAAGCCUCUUAAACGAAAAAGAGCAUUACUUAGCCAAGUAAAAAUAAAUGUAAGCCGGAAUAGCAAAGACUACCCGCAUUUAUAAAAAUUACUUUUAGUAAAAGUUAAAAAAAUUUUUAAAAGCGUCCUUGUGGCUAUAACAACAAGAACAGUGCAAAAAAAAAAUAUAUAUGUAUAUACAAAACCAUCUAUAAAAAAGCAAAUAUGAAGAAUUUGCUAACACGACAGAAGGAGUUGGGAGAUCUAGCUGCGUUGGAGGAGCAGAAAAUCCUGAGCGGAAAAAUAAGAAAGGCUUCAUGUCUGGAAUAUAUGGAUCAUAUUCAGACUGUUAUGAAAGAGUUUACUGCAAAUCAUAAUAAUAUAAUGGUUAAGAAGAGUCAAGAAGCUGAGGAAUACAUUGCGAAGAACUACUUCGAGCAUGUAAUGCAAACAAUGGAGAAUUCUAUUCAGAAUUUAAGAAUUCAAAGUACUGCCGAAGGUGUUUCAGCAGUGAGCAGCAUGUGGCAAAUAGAAUCUACGCCACAAACUAUUCAGGUCGCACCACCUGAAGCCGCGUCUGGCGUUGAAAGAAAAUAUCAACGUCGAGCAAAAAUGCUCAAAAGCACGAUGGAUGAAAUACGAAGAAAUGCAUUGGAUUUUCUCGAGCAAAUGAGAGAAUUCAAAACCAAGCUUCAAAUACAAUUUGAAAAUGUUGAAGAAUCAUAUUUUGAAACUCAAAAUAUCAAAUUAGUUGAAACAACUGAAGAAUCUAUUGAGGAACAAAUAGAUGUAUUUCGUCAAGAAUACAAAAUCAUCAUCGAAAGGAUAACGGAGAAAUUAAAUAAUUAUAAUUCACCACAAACAAUGUAUUCCAAUAUAAAACUGCAGGAAAUUAAAAUUCCGAUGUUUUACGGUGAAAUGAAACAAUGGUCGUCAUUCCACGAUCUUUUUAAAAGUUUGGUGCAUGAUUCGAAGCACUUUACAGAAGUGGAAAAGAUGUUCCGAUUGAAGACAUCAUUAGGUGGAGAAGCUGGUAGAUUAAUUCAACAUCUACCAGUAACAGCAACAAAUUAUGAAGCUGCUUGGCAAAUUCUCAAGGAAAGGUAUGAGAAUAGAAGGCUACAAUUUACAGCACAAGUAGACAGACUACUUGAUCAACCGACAGCAAAUGGAGAAAGUGCACAAAGCAUGAAGCAGCUGUUAGAUACCACCAAAGAAUGCAUUUAUGCUUUAAAAGGGCUAAAUCUAAAUUUAAAUGACGAACAAGCCAUCAUAGCUCGGAUAGUGGUUCGAAAACUAGACAAAGAAAGUCUACGUUUAUACGAGCAAAACGUAAAAAAAAGUAGGGAUAUACAAAGCCUAGAUGACGUCUUCAGUUUUCUGGAACAGCAAUAUCAAGCUCUAGAUGCAAUACGCGACAGAAAACCAACUAAAUGGAACAAUCAAAAGCAGCCACAGCGAACACCUACAUUUUAUACAGCGGCACAAAAUAAUUGUGUAUACUGCAAGGUUCCUGGGCAUCAAAUUGGUGAAUGCAGAAAGUUUCAGACAUUGACUACGAUGAAUCGAAGAAGAUUCAUAACAAACAACAAGUUAUGCUACAUUUGCCGUGAUCACGUAUAUGAAGGAAAAUGUAAGUGAAAUAAGUGUGAAAGAAAUCAUCAUAAUUUAUUGCACUUCAAUGAAUUCCAAAAAGGAAAAGGAGGAAGUGAAGAAAAUGUCACAAAAACAUCUUCCCCAAUGAUGACGAAACAUUCGGAAAUGGCGAUACUCCUAGCAACAGCACAGAUAAUGGUGAAGGCAGCAAAUGGAGAGUAUGUGACAUUGCGAGCUCUAAUCGAUCAAGGAUCCCAAAAACUACUAUUUCCGAAGAAGCAUCUCAAUACUUCAUUUACCAAGAAGAAGAGAAGUAACUGAACUACAAGGUUUAGGAAAUACCUCAGUGGGAGUGUCCAAAUUUAAAAUCAACAUUAAAAUCAAGCCGAGAUUCCUAAGCAACGAGGCGUACAAUGUCGAAGCACUAAUUUUGCCGAAAAUAGCGAGUGCUCAACCAGACAAAACGUUUAAAUGGGAUGUAGAACAAUUGAAAAACUACACUUUAGCUGAUCCCAAUUUCAAUAAAUCAGAUCGAAUCGAUAUUGUCAUUGGAAGUGACAUAUAUGCCGACAUACUAGAAGAAGGUAUAUUUAAAAAGGAUCGAAUACUAGGUCAAGCUACGAAAUUGGGCUGGAUAUUGUCGGGAGUUUUACAACAACCGAGAAAAAACAAUACAAUUUUAGCAGCGGUUACUACAACAUUGGAGAAGUUUUGGGAAAUAGAAGACACUAAAACUCCAGCAGAUACAGCAGAUGAUGAUGAAUACCUAAGAAUUUUUGAAAAAACAACUGUAAGAAAUGGAAAUAAUCGAUUUGUCGUCAAUCUACCUUUUAAACAAGAAAAAGAAUUGGGCGAUUCUCGCAAACAAGCUAUGGCGAGGUUUCUUAAUCUUGAGAAAAGGUUCGCUACAAAUAACGAGUUAAAACAACAAUAUGUGCAAUUUAUGAAAGAAUAUUCAGAAAUGGGCCACAUGGAAAAAGCAAGUGAAAAUAAAUGCGGAAAAUACUAUUUGCCACAUCAAGCAGUGAUUCGAGAAGAUAGUAGAACGACUAAACUACGAGUAGUUUUCGAUGCGUCUGCAAAAACUACAAAUGGAAGUAGUUUAAAUGACAUCCUCUUCAUAGGACCGAGACUUCAAUUUUUAUUUAUACAGAAACUUUGGUUGAUGAAACUCAACUGGGACGAGUUUCUUGACGAGAAUUUAACAAAAGAAUGGCAAGAGUUUAUGCAGCAUAUACCAGAGAUAAAACAAAUAAAAAUUCCUAGAUGGUUUGAAACUAAAAACAACUUUAAAUUUGAACUACAUGGAUUCGCAGAUGCUUCAGAGAAAGCUAAUGCAGCAGUUGUAUAUACUAAAGUUGGAUCAGUUAUAACAAUUGUUGCUGGUAAAACUAAAGUGAAUCUAAUUAAAAAUAAGGAAACGUUACCAAAACUGGAACUAUGCGCGGCUCACCUACUUGCUAAAUUGCUGCAAAGGCUAAAAACAGUCAUCAACAGAGAAAUGAAAAUAUUUGCUUGGAGCGAUUCAACUAUAACGUUAGCAUGGAUAAAUAAUUGCCAAAGUAAAGACAGAUUUAUUAGAACACGAAUAGAAGAAAUCAAAUUACUUGUUUCCAAUGCGAAAUGGCAACACGUUGGAACAAAGGACAAUCCAGCUGAUGUAGCAACCAGAGGGGUACUGGCGAACAAACUAAUAGAACACGAUCUAUGGUGGAAGGGACCAAAAUGGUUGCGAGAAGAGGAACAUCAUUGGCCAAUAAAGAAGAUUAUUCAAAUCGAUGCAACGUAUGUGACAACCUCAGAGGAAUUACAUUUCUUGGAUAAGGUAAUACUUAAAUAUUCUAGUUUAAGCAAAUUAAUAAGGGUAGUAGCUUAUAUUUUGCGAUUUGUAAAAAGAAUAAGAGGGAAAAAAUGCCCUGAAUACUUAGUUAAAUCUGAAAUGAAGGAAGCUGAAGAAAUGUUAAUAAGAUAUCAGCAAAAAUUACAAUUUAGAGAGGAAAUUCAGAGUUUAGAAAUAAAAAAAGAAAUUAAUCAUAAAAGUAGCAUUGCAAGCUUAAAUCCAAUUUUGGAUAAUAAGGGAAUCCUUCGUGUAGGAGGUAGAUUGGGUAAUUCAAAUCUGCAAUUUAAUCAAAAGCACCCAAUAAUAUUAAAUAAGUCACAUUUGUCAUCAUUGAUAAUUGAAAAUAUUCAUAAAAUAACUUUACAUGGAGGAAACAAGUUAAUGGAAUCAAUGAUUAGAAGGAAUUACUGGAUUGUUGGAUUGAAGAAUUCUAUAAAAAAAACAAUUCGAACUUGUAGUAGAUGCGUACGUUACCGCAAAGAAGUAGCAAAACAAUUAAUGGGAAAUCUUCCAGAAUUCCGAGUAUCUAUGUCAAUUCCAUUUACACACGUUGGUAUAGACUAUGCAGGACCGAUUCAUAUGAAAUGUUCAAAAGGACGAGGACAAAAAACAUUUAAAGGAUAUAUAGCUGUAUUUGUUUGUAUGGCAACAAAAGCUAUUCAUUUAGAAGCAGUAAGUGAUUUAACAACCGAAGUGUUCCUAGCUGCUUUGAAAAGAUUUUUUGCUAGAAGAGGUAAACGUCAACAUAUAUAUUCGGACAAUGGAACAAAUUUUGUCGGAGCUUGUAGAAGAUUAGACCGAGAUUUUAAAAUGGCAAUCAAAAAUAAUUCAGCCGUAGCUCCCAUAUUAGAAGCAGAUAAAAUUCAAUGGCAUUUCGGGCCCCCGGCAGCUCCUCACUUCGGAGGAAUUUGGGAGGCAGGAGUGAAGUCGGUGAAAUAUCAUUUAAAAAUAAUGAUAGGCGAAACUAAAUUGACAUUUGAAGAACUGAUUACUUUACUAUCACAGAUUGAAGCAGUACUGAAUACACGACCUUUAUGUGCGAUAGAUAGUGAAAGCGAUAUAGACGUUUUAACGCCUGGCCAUUUUUUAAUAGGAUGUCCAAUAAUAGAUUGUCCUGAAGCAAUUAAUGAUAACCAAAUAGGUUUAUUAGAUAGAUGGAAAUUAAUACAAAAACUUAAAAAAGACUUUUGGAAACGAUGGAAAGCGAAUAUGUUGUAAUGUUGCAACAACGCAUGAAGUGGAAAACCAAACAAGCUAAUCUCGUACAAGGACAAAUAGUUAUUAUUAAAGAUGAAGAAACUCAUCCAGCCAAAUGGCCAUUAGGAAAAAUUAUUGAAACUCUUCCGGGAAAGGAUGGAAAUAUAAGAGUUGUAACUCUAAAAUUACAAAAUGGCAUACUUAAACGGCCCGUUCACAAAUUAUGCCCACUGGAGGUAACAAACAGCAGUAGAGCAGAGGAAGCAAAUUAUGUGACAAGUUUGCUGACUUCGAGAAUAACAAAAAAUACUGCAACCUCAGAACGACCGAGUAAAUCAAGCAAAUUGAUGAUGUGGUUCUUAACGAUACUCAUGCUAGCAACACAAACUAAGUCAUUAUACAUUAAUGAUACAUCUAAAUCAGGAGCUUCAGUGACUAAACUAAAAAAUAAUACAGCAAUAUAUUUGGAACCGAUUAGUAAAAUGGACAUAAUAAAUUCAAAAUGGAAUUUAAUAGUCUAUUACGAAUUAGGUACUUAUUAUGAUCGGAUGCAUAAAAUACAAGAAUUUAUUAACAGACUUGAAAAUCAAUGCAAAAUAUUGACCUAUUACGAAGAUGCCUGCAUAAUGAUUACUGCAACUUUAAAUGACAAAUAUAAUAGUCUUAAAGCAAAUAAUGAAUUGUUUAUGAAAAAACAAAAUAGAAAAAAGCGAGCACCAUUCGAAUUCGUUGGUUCAAUUUACCAUAUAUUAUUCGGAAUUAUGGAUGCUGAUGACCGAGAAAAUAUGGAAUCAAAUAUUAGAAAUAUUUUCGACAACCAAAAAGAUAUAGUAAAAUUGUUUAAAAGGCAGACAUCGGUAGUUGAUUCUACCAUAAAUAUAUUAAAAAAGACAACAGAUGAAGUUAACCGUAAUUUUGAGAAAAUGAAUCAACAACUUAAUAAAUUUUAUAACGAACUAAUGUGGGAUUAGCCUCCUCAACAUCGCAUAUAAGGUUCUAUCGAGCGUAUUGUGUGAAAGAUUAAAGCCCACCGUCAACAAGCUGAUUGGACCUUAUCAGUGUGGCUUCAGACCUGGUAAAUCAACAACCGACCAGAUAUUCACCAUGCGCCAAAUCUUGGAAAAGACCCGUGAAAGGAGAAUCGACACACACCACCUCUUCGUCGAUUUCAAAGCUGCUUUCGACAGCACGAAAAGGAGCUGCCUUUAUGCCGCGAUGUCUGAAUUUGGUAUCCCCGCAAAACUGAUACGGCUGUGUAAACUGACGUUGAGCGGCACCAAAAGCUCCGUCAGGAUCGGGAAGAACCUCUCCGAGCCGUUCGAUACCAAACGAGGUUUCAGACAAGGCGACUCCCUAUCGUGCGACUUUUUCAAUCUGCUGCUGGAGAAAAUAGUUCUAGCUGCAGAACUUAAUCGAGCAGGUACAAUUUUCUAUAAGAGUGUACAGCUGCUGGCGUAUGCCGAUGAUAUUGAUAUCAUCGGCCUCAACACCCGCGCCGUUAGUUCUGCUUUCUCCAGGCUGGACAAGGAAGCAAAACGAAUGGGUCUGGCAGUGAACGAGGGCAAGACGAAAUAUCUCCUGUCAUCAAACAAACAGUCGUCGCACUCGCGACUUGGCUCCCACGUCACUGUUGACAGUCAUAACUUUGAAGUUGUAGAUAAUUUCGUCUAUCUUGGAACCAGCGUAAACACCACCAACAAUGUCAGCCUAGAAAUCCAACGCAGGAUAACUCUUGCCAACAGGUGCUACUUCGGACUGAGUAGGCAAUUGAGAAGCAAAGUCCUCUCUCGACAGACAAAAACCAAACUCUAUAAGUCUCUCAUAAUUCCCGUCCUGCUAUAUGGUGCAGAGGCUUGGACGAUGUCAACAGCGGAUGAGUCGACGUUGCGAGUUUUCGAGAGAAAAAUUCUGCGAAAGAUUUAUGGUCCUUUGUGCGUUGGCCACGUGAAUAUCGCAUUCGAUGGAACGAUGAGCUGUACGAGAUAUACGACGACAUUGACAUAGUUCAGCGAAUUAAAAGACAGCGGCUACGCUGGCUAAGUCAUGUUGUCCGGAUGGACGAAAACACUCCAGCUCUGAAAGUAUUCGACGCAGUACCCGCCGGGGGAAGCAGAGGAAGAGGAAGACCUCCACUCCGUUGGAAGGACCAAGUGGAGAAGGACCUGGCUUCGCUUGGAAUAUCCAAUUGGCGCCACGUAGCGAAAAGAAGAAACGACUGGCGCGCGGUUGUUAACUCGGCUAUAAUCGCGUAAGCGGUGUCUACGCCAAUUAAGAAGAAGAAGAAUAAAAGAUCAAAAUGCUGAACGAAUGACCUUGAUGUUUCAUAUAUUAACCAUUUCAAUAGGAAUAGUUAUGGACGAAUGUGAAGAAAUCCAAACUUCAAUAAUUAAUCUCCAAAACUAUUAAAGCCUUCGCAACUUAAUAAAGAAAUUGAAUUUAUUAGAAACAAACUACCACACAAAUUAAUACUACCUGGAAGACAAUCGGGUAACGAAUUAAAAGAAAUUUAUAAAUCGAUGACUGCUAAAGGUUUAAUUGUUGAUUCACGGCUAGUCAUAAACCUAGAAAUUCCCUUAAUAUCGUAUGAACCGUCAAACGUAUAUAAAUUAAAUCCACUUCCAAUAAAUUACAAAGGGAAUAUGAUUAUUCCAGAAAUAAAGGCAGAAUAUUUAAUAUACAAGUUUGAUUUGAAUCAAUAUUCACUUAUAAACCAAGUAGAUCUAGAUAAAUGUUCUACUAACUCAGAGAAUCAUUACCAAUGUCCUGGAAAUUUAGCUUGGAAAUCAGCGACGGAUAAUUCAUGUGAAGUAGCAGCUUUAAAACAAUUAGAAAAUGAAGCAUGUGAUUUCAAACCUUCUACAAAUACGUUUGGAUAAAAUUAUCUUCUUAAUAUCGGUGGCUUUAAAAAUUAUUUAGCAAAGCAAUGAUAUAUCUAGAAUGUGAUAAUAAUCAACAAAUGCAUAUGGAAAUCCCUAGUCAAGGCAUUAUGACAAUAAGAGAAGAAUGCACAGUCCGGCAUGAAGGAGUAACUGUAACAGCAACUCAUCACGUACAAUCUUAAAUUAAAAAAGAAUUGCUAUCCUCUUCUUGGGUUAAAGAUAUUGAAGAUAUUCCAGAACUACAAAUAAAACCUUUUGAUUCAACAUUAAUAAACAAUACCAAAGAUAUCGUACAUCUUAAACAACAAAUAGAACUCCUCAAAACAGAAAAUAUAAAAUUAAAAAGUAUAAAUUUUCAUCACGUAAGUGGUCACGUUUCGCUAACAUUAGUUUUGAUAAUAGUUAGCAUUAAUCAUUACUAUUUUAUAUAUAAGAUCCAAAUGUGUAACAAGAACUGUGACUGUUCCAUUUGAACUUCCAGUUAGACAUAGUUAAAAAAUAUUAAUAAUAAAAUAUAAUAUAUAAGUAAAGUUAAGAUACAACUUUGGCCCCUGGCAGAAUGUUCAUAAAGAUAUGAACAUGAAAGUUUUGUAACCUUAAGAUAGAAUUAUAUAUACAAAAUUAUAUUUUUGACACAACUACAUUAAUACAUAAAAAUAUACAUGUAAACAAUAAAUUAAAUAAAAAGUAUCUACAGUCCACUAAAUGUCAAGUGCAAUGGUAAGCAACAAAAUUGUAAUAUGAGACUUGCUCAUAAAAAUGUGAAAAUCAUUGCACAUAAAAGAAAACUCAUAAAUUAGAGUAUACAUAAUACUAAUAUUAAAAUACAAAAUAUACAUACUCGAAAUAUUAAUGCACACAAGCAACAGAUAAGAAAGUAUCAAGCGUGUGUACGUAUGUGUAUAAGUGCGUUAGAUGCACUAAUCUAAAAAAACUAUAAAAUAUCAAUGCGUUGGUAUCUCAAAAAUGCAAUAAAAAUAUAAUACAUUUUUACACAUGUGUAUGCACACUAAGCAUACACACAUAUACAUAUAUACAUAGUUAAGAAAUUAGAAUUAAGAAAUGUAUUGAGGGAAGAAAUUUUAAUAAAGAAAAUCAGAGUCUAAAGUGAACUCUGACUUAAGCAAAGACUGUUUUUUCUGUACAAGGUAUGCUAAUGAAAAAUAUACUAAGUAUUACUCCUAUUUUAGUUUACCCGCUGCCUUUAUUUAAAUUUCAUCGAAUUUUUUGAUUAAAAUUGUCAGUGCAUUCAAAAACCAACAGUGGUGCACUUAACAAAUAACCAAUUUCAAAUUUCGAAACCAAUAUUUUAACUGUUAACGAAAAUGAUAUAAUAAUUCAACUAACAUUGGGUUGUCAAAAAAGUCUUGCGGUAUUUUUAUUGAUUUUUUUUUUUAUUGAAAUUAAAAUGAAUUUUUGAUGACUCAUGCUCAGCUCUUGACCGAUGCUACGGCUGCUACUAUGCCGGUCUCUUUCGACCAAUUCAGCGAUUUUAUCGCAAUUUUUGACGACAGGCCUUCCGGAGCGUGGCGCUCCGGACCUCUACACCAGAACGAAAACGUUGAAACCAUCGUUGUGCGGUGGAAAUGGAAACUGUAUCUAUGGACCCGAUACAGUUUCCAUUUCCUGCACAAAUUUUAUUGGCGGCUUGAGAUGCAUUUUUGCCUUUAUCGUAGUAGUACUGUAAAAUAUGCCGUAUUUUCUCUUUAUUCUGCUCCAUGUUUGCGACGCUAUAACUCACGAACGACUUAAAAGAAACGACAAUCAAUCAAACACGUGUUAGCGCGUGAAAUGAGCUUUCCAAAAAGGUAUAGCAUGACCCGAUGCGACGAAUAAAACUAGAACUACGCGCUUUCAGCGCCAUCCAGCGAAAUUACCGCAAGACUUUUUUGACAACCCAAUAUAUAAUUUAAUAGACUUUAUUUGAUGUAAAGCCACACAUCUUCGCAGGAUGGAGUUCAUUAAACUCAUGCUCUUAUUAAUCGGAUUGAUUGCCGUUCCACAUUCCAGCUUUUAUUAGUCCGCAUUUUUGCAAAACCAUAUUAAAUGAUAUCUCCCCACUCAUUUUUAAAUGGAUUCAAAUCAAGGAAUAGAGCGGUCCAAGCUUUAUGACCAAUAUUGUUGUGUUGGAGAAAUCCUUUACGCUCCUCUUAUGUUUUUACCCAUUUGUGUUUUUGAAAGGCCGAUAUUUACAAAAUUUCUUCCAUGCAGCAUAGGAUUUUCUAUCAGUUGGAUAUAAGUACAUACGUAUUUGAGCUGGUCCAUAAUAUAUUAAAAGAUAUAUAAAGGCUAUGUACAAUAAGCAGCGCCAAACCAGUUCUGCUGUAUACUGAGACAUAUCGGAUCAAUUUUUAGGAUUAUAGAUUAUUUUUGAAAAUGAUUUAUCCGAUCAGUAAAACUUUGAAACUUUUCACGAUUUCGACUUUAACUAUUUUAACCAAGACUCCUUCAUUCGAUAAAGAAUCUUUUUUUUUGAAGAACUUAACUGACAGAUGGCUGCUAAUCGGACGUUGAAAAAGCGGCCCUACGUGGAUAUUUGUAAACCGAAAUCUGUUUUUCUUCUUCUUCUUCCUGGUCUUUCCAACGGAGUGGAGGUCCUCCUCUUCCUCUGCUGUCCCCGUCGGAUACUGCGUCAAAUACUUUCAGAGCUAGAGUGUUUUCGUCCAUUCGGACAAAAUGACCUAGUCAGGAUAGCCGCUGUCUCUUAAUUCGCUAAACUAUGUCAUACAGCUCAUCGUUCCAUUGAAAUGGAUUUUCGCUGUGGCCAAUGCGCAUAGGACUAUAAAUCUUCCGCAGAACUUUUCUCUUGAAAGCUCGCAACGUCAACUCAUCGGAUGUUGUCAUCGUCCAUGCUUCUGCACCAUAUAGCAGGACGGGAAUAAUGAGUGACUUAUAGAUUUUUGUUUUUGUUCGUCGAGAGAGGACUUUAUUUCUCAAUUGCCUAUGUUCAUACCAAAUGAACACAUCCCUGCAUUGUCCUCCUAACUCGUCGAAAUACGAAUUAGAGGACAAUGCAAAAAACACCCAACAGCGCCAAUAUAACAACGAAGAACCCAACAAAACACAAUAAAACGAAUCACCACAGUGGACGGACACAUACAGGCGCCAAAAUAAAAGCAGCAGCAAUAACAACCACAGCAGCAGCAACAAUAUCAACAGCAUCAGCAGUAACAACAGCAGCAGAAUCAAUCUCAACGCGGGAAAAUUCAACCACAUCAGGUUACAUAUAAAUUUAUAAUUAGAUUAAGUAUAAUCGUAAUUAGUUUUGUACACUAACAUACAAUUAUACACAUCCACAUCCAAUUGUACUUAUUCACCCAUAUACAUACAUACAUAUAUUAUAUUUACUCAAAUAUACACACAUCCGAAUUGUUACCCGAUUUCUAAUCAGUUUUUAUUUUAUUUGGCACACCGGCAAACACACGUCGAUCACCCCGACAUUUUGGUCCUUCGAGCCGGAUUGUCCGCCUAAUAAAAUAAACCCACCCACAUCAGCGUUUGGAUCAGGAUUUUGGAUCAUCAGGAUUUGCACAUUUUCACCCACCCAAUCAACUAUAUUUCGAAUCAACAGGAUUAAUAUUUACCCACCCAAUCAACUACUCAACCACUUUAUCAUCAAACCCAUACGUGGAAAAAUUUGACAUGGCCCCUCAAAGCAGUACGAAGCCAAUUUGCAGCCGCCAAAGCAGCCCCACACUCACUGUGCGAUCGCUUAGCGUGACCCGUAGCAUCAGCCCACUCUCCGACGAAGGAACCCUGGCAAGACGCCUGCAUCGCUUUAAAGCGACCCUUUCCCCCAUUCGAGAGGAGCGUGGAAAUACGCAUCGCACGGCCCGACGUACCAUCAGCCUUUCCCCUCUUCGAGAAGAACGAGGAAGUACCCAUCGCACGGCCCGGCGUACUAUCAGCCAUUCAACAAAACGAGCACACAAACACGUCGCCUGUGGAUUGUGUAAAAAAGAUCACAGACUGGUAACAUGUUCUAAAUUCACCAAAAUGAACAUCAAUGAAAAGUUUGACGCAGUUAAUAAACACAAGUACUGCGUCAAUUGCUUGGCCAGAUCGCAUUCCACCCAAAAGUGCACAAGUAAAAAACGAUGUGCCACGUGUAAUGGGGAACACCAUUCAACCCUACAUGGGCACCCCAGGUUGUUCUGCAAAGAGCCAACGAAAUCAUCGAAGAGCGAAGAAAGAUUGCACAGACAAAAAGAUCUACCCACGCUACUGGCCAAGCCGACCCUCAUACCAACAGUCAUGGUCAAAGUCAAACACGAUGGAAAAUGGAACAAAAUACGAGCCAUAGUCAACCCGACCCGAAAGGUGACUAUAAUUGCGUCAGAGCUGGUUCAGAGAUUGAGGUUACCGAAAACGUACCUCGACUCGCAUCGCAUAUGCAAAGUCGUCAUAGGAUCGUUAACUGAUUCCGACUGGCAUGUCGAAGUUAACUGCCUAUUGACGCAUGAUUUACCGACCCGACCCUAUAAUCGUGACUUAAGUGGCGAAAUCAUUAAGAAGUUCGACCACUUAGUCCUAGCCGACCCUAAAUUCUGGAAAGACGAUCAAAUCAUGUUGGAACUGGGAGCUGACAUCUACCCAAGAUUGAUGAAACCCGGACUAUUCAACCCCGACAACAGCACCGUGAUCGCACAAAACACCGCACUCGGUUGGACUUUAACCGGUGCUUGUGCGAUUUAAACCCCAAGUAUACCUCCAACCCGUUGAUAAUAAUACUCAUUUACCCAAAUCAAAAUAGAUCUAAAAAUCUUUUUAUUCGCAGACACUGCAAGGCGGCCGGGAUGUUCAUACCAAAUGAACACAUCCCUGCAUUGUCCUCCUAACUCGUCGAAAUACGAAUUAGAGGACAAUGCAAAAAACACCCAACAGCGCCAAUAUAACAACGAAGAACCCAACAAAACACAAUAAAACGAAUCACCACAGUGGACGGACACAUACAGGCGCCAAAAUAAAAGCAGCAGCAAUAACAACCACAGCAGCAGCAACAAUAUCAACAGCAUCAGCAGUAACAACAGCAGCAGAAUCAAUCUCAACGCGGGAAAAUUCAACCACAUCAGGUUACAUAUAAAUUUAUAAUUAGAUUAAGUAUAAUCGUAAUUAGUUUUGUACACUAACAUACAAUUAUACACAUCCACAUCCAAUUGUACUUAUUCACCCAUAUACAUACAUACAUAUAUUAUAUUUACUCAAAUAUACACACAUCCGAAUUGUUA